AUGGACGAAUUUCUUCAUUUCCUGGAACGAGACCUACCAACCCACAUCGUCUGUCCACAUUGCGUCCAACUUCAUUCGAUGUCCUUCGCCAAAAACUAUCACCUACUAUCGCAAACGGAAUCCAGAUCCAGUCGACCUUGGUUGGCAUGCUGGCACGCGGACUUGAAAAGCGAACUUCAAAGAGGAACAUACGCCGAGUUCUCAUCGACCAUUUUCCGCAUGGCAAUGAAAGCUUACAGACAAUCCCAUGAAACAACACAGCUUCUAAGUCUACUUAGCUGUGGAACCAAGAGGCUCUUCGGUCCGGGGUUUGUAGAACAACGUACAGCUGCAGCUCGGAUUCAGGAGGGUUCGCUCCUAUUGCGCGAGCAAAGAGUAGUCAUGGUCCCAUCCUCUCAAGAGAUUCCUCUAUCGUGGUAUAGCCGCGGCGGUAUCAUCAUUUGCCCUCAUAUCUGGUUCCCAAUAAUGACAAGUUUGCACCAGUAUGGUAUCCAGAUCCCGCGCGCGACUGAGAUCGAAGGAUACGAGAAUAGACAAGGUCUCAUAUAUUGUGAUCAUUGUUACACCGAGUUCCGAGUUGAUUUCAAGAGCUACGGCAAGGCGGGCAAUGCAAUGUUUGUGACAAAAUGGAUGGAUCUUGGAGAGGGGCGAGAUUUGAGAGAUCACAAGUUCAGAAGUCGAUUUAGCAGUGUUGAGGAGACAUCGUGGACCAAAGUUGCUUUUCGGCGAGGCUCAAUUUGUGCUUCCUUUGAGCAGAAGCUCGAGUCAACUUUCAAGUUCGACUCGCUCUUAUCCCAACAGGACGAGGAGAAUUUGUGCACGCAAAGCCCUUGGCCGUUGCCGGAAGGUAUAAAGGUUUCACUCAUUGGGAUUGAACCACUAGCUGCUUCUGCUUCAGAAACAACAUUCCGCAACACUCUGCCCUGCUCCUUCCUCAUAUUGUGAUGUUGGGCGCUACCCAAUCUGGCGUGCGUCCCGUUCUCUUCUUCCCUUCUUCCCUUGCUCUCUUUCUCCUUCUUUCUCCUUUCUUCUGUACUCGUAACCAUGUUUUCGUACAUGGAUCUUUGCAUUUUUGCAUUUGCCAUUAUUGGCCUCGUACGCA